AUGUCGGUGAACCCAAACGAAGACACCGAAUUCAACGACAUCCUCCGGAAGCAUGGCAUCCUUCCCCCGCGCGAGCCUGAGAAGCGAGCGCCCUCACCGCCUCCCCCCCCAACCACGCGAGAGAAGAUAGAAGGGCUGACCGCGAAAGAGCUCAAGCAGUUUGGUGAAAAUGCUGGAGACGAUGAAACGGAGCGGAUGGUCGAGACCCUGAGGAGGCAGCGCCUUUCCGAGCUGCGCCGGUACCAAAAGGCGCCGUAUGGACGGGUGUACCCCAUCGGGCGCGAUGAUUAUACCAGGGAGGUGACAGAGGCGAGCAAGGUGAACGAUGAUGGAAGUCCGGAGGGCGAGGGAAAUGGCACCGGCGUGGUGUGUUUCCUGUACAAGGACGGGAUCCUUCGUAGCGACAGUGCGGUACAGCACGUCAGGAUACUAGCCCAGCGUCAUCCACACACGAAGUUCGUAUCCAUCGUUGGAGACAAGUGCAUCGCCAACCUCCCCGACGCACGGAUCCCGAUGUUCAUCAUCUACCGCAAUGGCGACGUACUGAACCAAAUCGUCGCAUGGGGCGGGGAUCGCGAGCGGAAAAUUGAAGAGCUGGAAGCCGUCCUGAUCCUUGGUGGUGCGAUAACCCCGGAGCAGCAGCAGGGUCUACGCAGCGAGCGUAGCCGUGACAGCAACUCGGACGACGACGAGCCAGACGAUGAGGAUUCGGGCGACUCGCUUUCAGACAGGAUGCGUUCGGCGGCAACCAUGACGAACGUGCAUUCGGGCAAGAACAUUAGGCGGACUCAGCGGGAGGAAGAUUCGGACUCGGAAUUUGAGUUUGACCUUUGA